UCCAGCCAAUAGCAGACGCCGAUACUGUCCCAGGUGAAAAACAGUAGGCUAGUGUGGUUGCUAAGCGUCGAAGGACGCGUUACUUCAUAUACGAGGCGAAUACAUCAUCUUUGGCAUAUUUUCGCCGGGUAUGAAGUCAUUUCGUCACCUAUUUUGGGUGAUUCUGUCACUCGACGUGCCCUAGUCAUUUGUACACGAAUGCAGCGGGCUUGUUCGCGAUGUUGACUCAACUUUCCGAGUGAGGAAAAAGGUCAAUUGCAUGCAAAGUGCAGCGAUGUUUCUCAAUUCUAAUGCAAACGCUCACAAUGUUGGCGUUGUUGUUUGAUCUGAGUUCGACUGGUCUGGUCUGCGGAGCACGGCGAGGGCGCCAAGUUUUGACUGUCAUGGAGGAAGCAGGAUAAACAAGUUCCAGGCUCACCAUGGCUUCAGUGUUGGACGACCCCUGCAUGGAAAGGGUGUUGAAGGGCCACACGGAUGCUGUCACUUGUGCACAUUUCAGUCCCAACUCCAAACAACUGGCCACAGGCUCCGCGGACAAGAGUUUGAUGGUCUGGAAUCUGUCCCCCAAAGGGAGGUCUCUGCGCUUUGUCAACCAUCAGGACACCGUCACUGCGGUCCAGUUCUGCCCGGUGGGGAGCCUGGUGGCCACCUCGUCCAAGGACAAGAUGGUGCGACUGUGGAAGCCGUCCAUGAAAGGAGAGUCCACGGUGUUCAAGGCGCACACGGCCACCGUGCGCAGCGUCGCCUUCUCCAACGACGGCGAGAAGUUAGUGACGGCGUCCGACGACAAGACCGUGAAGGUGUGGAGCGUCAGCCGCCGAUGCUUUGUCUACUCGCUCAACCAGCACACCAACUGGGUGCGAUGUGCCAGAUUUUCUCCCGACGGCCGCCUCAUCGUGUCCUGCGGGGACGACCGGAGCGUGCGACUGUGGGACACGUCCAGCAAACACUGCAUCAACUGCUUCACCGAUUACCGCGGAUCAGCCACCUUUGUGGACUUCAACUCCAGAGGCACCUGCAUCGCGGCCUCGGGGGCGGACAGCACACUAAGGAUCUGGGACAUCCGCACCAACAAGCUGAUCCAGCACUACCAAGUCCACAGUGCAAGCAUCAACAGCUUCUCCUUCCACCCGUCUGAUAACUACAUGAUCAGCGCCUCCAGCGAUGGAACCAUCAAGAUGCUGGACCUGUUGGAGGGACGCCUCAUCUACACCCUGCACGGACAUAAGGGCGCCGUGCUCACUGUCUGCUUUUCCACCGAGGGAGACCUCUUUGCUUCUGCCGGACUGGACGCCAAGGUGAUGUUGUGGAAGACCAACUUUGACACCAAGUCCUACAAUGAAGUCCUGCAGCAGCACAGCAGGAGGUCCGUGUCCUAUCCCCCGCCCCACCUGACCGACAUCCAGCCAAGGACCGCCCACCCUCACUCCACGUAUCCUUCUGACGUCCAGGUCGCUGCAUCUCUGGCAGACACACACACACCUGAGCCGCACAUCGUGGUGCUGCAGGAGGCCGAACGUCACCUGCAGCGUCACAACGCUGACCUCGCCCACUACGCUGUGGAGGAUGUGGAUGCCGUGGAGGAGGACACCAGCGAGGAGGAGCAGAAGACCAAACAGGAAGUGCACGAGGAGAGAAGAAGACACCAAGACACACCUGGAGACACCUUACGUCCCUCGCCCGUCCUCAACUCCAUCCUGCAGCACAUCGUCCAACAGCUGGACGUCCUCACGCGGACAGUGUCGGUGCUGGAGGAUCGUAUCACGACGACGGAGGACAAGUUGCAGGAAUGUCUUCCGGGUACGCUCACCUCCCAUGUCGCGCUAGAAGGAGCUAGCGGUGGGACUGACGCGUUAGCGCAACCAACGGAAGGAGGAGCUAGCGGUGGGACAGACCACCCACUUGAGGAGCAGCUGACUUCAGGACAAGACUCAGGGCAAGCAGUACAACAGACGCCCACUUAAGUGGACAUUUAAGGUACUCACAUGACAGGUUGGACACUGACAUCCUGGCAAUUCUGUUUUCUUGACAACAACAAACUGAAGUCCUGGCAAUUCUGUUUUCUUGACAACAACAAACUGAACUCCUGGCGAUUCUGUUUUCACAACAACAACAACAUACUGACGUCCUGGUGAUUCUGUUUUCUUGACAACAACAAACUGACGUCCUGGCGAUUCUGUUUUCUUGACAACAACAAACUGAAGUCCUGGCGAUUCUGUUUUCACAACAAAAACAAACUGACGUUUGGUGAUUCAGUUUUCUUGACAACAACAAAUUGAAGUCCUGGUGAUUCUGUUUUCACAACAACAAACUGAAGUCCUGGCGAUUCUGUUUUCACAACAACAACAUACUGACGUCCUGGUGAUUCUGUUUUCUUGACAACAACAAACUGAAGUCCUGGUGAUUCUGUUUUCACAACAACAACAAACUGACGUCCUGGUGAUACUGUUUUCACAACAAAAACAAACUGACGUCCUGGUGAUUCUGUUUUCACAACAACAAACUGACGUCCUGGUGAUUCUGUUUUCACAACAACAACAAACUGACGUCAUGGUGAUACUGUUUUCACGACAACAACAAACUGACUUCCUGGUGAUUCUGUUUUCUUGACAACAAUAAACCGACAUCGUGGUGAUUCUGUUUUCUCGACAACACCAAACUGACGUCCUGUCGAUUCUGUUUUCUUGACAACAACAUAUUGACGUCCUGGCGAUUCUGUUUUCUUGACAGGAUAGGAUAGGAUAAGAUAGGUCUUUAUUGUCAUUGCACAAGUACAACGAAACUUUGUUUUCAGCACAAACCCGUUCAAGAUUAGACAAACAAACAGUGUACAGGGUUACAGAACAGGAACGCUGAUGGGUCGCCACAAGGCGAUGGGGAAAAAGGUAAAACGCUGGGGAAGGAUGAGUAAAGAAAUACAAUCUAGACUGGGCUCCUAAGGGAGCUCAGUCUGGAGUGGGAAAAAACCUCCAUAGCAAAGCACAUAUACAUAUUACAACAUACAUCUCGAGAUAUCUAGCAACAGAGGGAAGGGAGUGCGGGGUCAUGGUGGUAGGCCGCAGCUCUGAUGCGCUGACCAUCCUUUCAUCACGCCUAUGGGAUUUGCGUCGAGGGCGUUGGAUUGCGGGGUGGGGUAUGUAUGUGUGUGGCGUAUAUUUUUGUGGAUGCAUGUUUGUGUGUAAGCCUGCAGUGUGUCUCUGUUCCGUGGCCUUGAUGUCGUGCAGUCGCUAGUCCAAAGUCAACAACAACAGGUGUGUGUCCAUGAGAGACAAGAAGGGAGUUUGUUGUGUCUUC